AUGCAAAAUUCUGAUACAGACGAGGAAUGUCUGUGUUUGUUUGAUCCCAAUACCUAUCAAGAAGGUUAAGGACCAAGGUUUGGAAAUUGUUACUAGCCACCGACGUACGACGAAUUAACAGCAGCAUCCACUGAAAAUGGAUUAAAGCUAUUACCAAACAAUAGAGAAAAGUUUUUUGAAUUUAUUCUGAAAGAACAGUAAGUAAGAUUGAAUCCAAAAGUCUAAUAAUUAUAUAAAGAUAUGAAUCAUUCAAGUGCUGUAGAGCAUGCUAUACAUUCCGAAUUAUUUAAGUCAUUUGGAUAUGAUGAUUGCCCUCUUAAUCAUAAAUUAUAUUUUGCCUUAACAAGGAAAUAUUCAAAUGAUCCUGAACUUAAGCCUUAAGUAUUUUUUUGGAGGAAUAAUGUUAUGCAUGGAAGCAGAGUGAAGUUACACUAAACACCUCCUCCUAUACCAUUAUUGACACUUGAAAAUAAAGAACUUCAAUUAGAAUAAUUAUUGUAAUCUGCCCAUGAAGAACAAAAGUUGUGUGUUAUUUUUGCUGGCAGUUACACAUGA